UUUUUAGAAGCGAUGACAUAAUUCCUGUGACACCCCUCGGUCAGCUGUACUGUUAAAGGUCUUUAGCGUCACUCAGGCGACGGAAUAUUAAACGCCGCCGUUUUUGGGUUUACACUAUGGAUAAAAAUACUACGCGUUACAGUGUACAGCUGUACAUUUAUGACCUCUCCAGGGGAAUGGCUCGCAGCCUCAGUCCCAUCAUGCUGGGUAAACAGCUGGACGGUAUAUGGCACACAGCCAUAGUCGCAUAUGGUGAUGAGUUUUUCUUUGGAGGUGAAGGAAUCUCCAGCUGUUCUCCGGGUGGGACCAUGCUGGGUCCUCCAGAUACAGUAGUGGAGCUGGGCGAGACCGAGGUGUCUGAGGAGAUCUUCAUGGAUUACCUCUCCUCCCUGGGAGAGAGCACGUACAGAGGCGACAGGUAUCGUCUGUUUGAGCACAACUGCAACACGUUCACCAACGAGGUGGCUCAGUUCCUGACGGGCAGGACCAUCCCCUCCUACAUCACCGACCUUCCCUCCGAAGUCCUCUCCACGCCGUUCGGACAGAUCCUGCGGCCGAUCCUGGACUCCAUUCACAUCGCGCCUCCGGGAGGUAACGUCAUCAACGGCGGAAGGAACAUCUAAAGCGAGAAAGCGGUCUCCAAGUCACAACCUGUUUGUCCUUCUUUCUUUUCUGUGAAUGAGACUGACUGCAGCUAUUUGAAAGUCAAAACAGAACGCCAACUAGUUCAUCCUUUAAAUCCACAAUUUAAAUAUUUUUUCCUCUUUAAAAUGUAGUAAAGAUGAGAAUUCAUGUAACACCAGCACAGCUAGAUGUGAAACGUUUGCCACCUCUCUGAAAGCUGUAAUUAAGCCACAUACAACAUUUAAAUACCUCGCACACAUUAGUGCAUUAAGCCACUUUAGUUCUUUAUCUUCUGUACUAUACAAAAGAUUCAUUUACUAGUUGUUUAGCAUUACAGAAUUUACUCAAUUUACAGUAGGACAACCUUAUUUUUUCAUCCAAAUAACUGACAUAUUAGGUUUAACACACAUUCAAUGCAUAAUACUUUUGUUAAAAGCUGGAAAAUCUUGUCCAGAUGCAUUUUUCACCUUCUGAUGACGUGAUCUGGAUGAGCGGGGAAAUCAUUAGAACAGAGAAUGUGUCUUGACUGACCUGCUCCUCCAGAACCUCUCCAGGUCAUUCAUGUGAAUGUACUAUCUUCAAACUAGAACCACGGGAGACGCACACUUCACCUCAGCAAAGGUCAUCACUUGAGUUCUACCACUAGUUAUUUACUGGAGGAUGAAUGAUUUUGAUAUAAAGCUAUCAUGUUGUCAAUUAAUAUUUUAUUGGCAUAUUCAGUAUGAAUAUUUCUGUGACUUGCCAAAUGUUAAUAGCAGUUUGUCAUAUACAGUAUUUAACUCAUCUGCUAACAAAAACUGACCUAGUUGUUAAAUAUAUUCAGCGAAAAGUAGUCAAAAAUAGGAGAAGGUGGUUUAUUCUUUUAAUGUUAAUUCCAUUUGAAUUCAGCACUUUUAUGUUUCACCUGUUUUAAGCUUCCCAUCGACUCUUGAUUUGUGCUGACCUACUGAACCUACAUGAUCAUUCCAAUAGUCGGGGUGACACAGACCUGAGUGUAUUUGUCAAAGCAGGACUGGGAUCAGUUCAGUGGAACUCUGUUUUUCCAGACCAUCCUGUUUUUCUCUGGAAAUGCAGCCACUUCUCUCUUUGGGUUUUUCCCCAUUGGAUCCGCUCUUCGUGUAACUGAGUGAACGCACCUGGAGCCACAGGGAGGCGUUGUUUGAAUCCAUACCUUUCCAUGUAGAUGAUUCAAACGGCUGCACAUCCACUGACGUUUUUAACAUGGAGGAGGGAGUUUGUAGAAGUACUAACCUGCUCGAGUCCUUUAAUUAACAGCCACCAGAGUGUGUUUCAUACACAGGACGCCUCUGUGCCUUCGCUUCCCUCCGCUUGGCUACGUCACGCGCUGUUGGGGUUGGCACGGUCGUCAUAUAGCACAGAUGGUAGCUUCACGUCCAAACAACGCUCAGAUAUUUGUUCACAGUGCAGUUUAACUAAUGCUGUAGAUUCUGAGCCAUGUGAGGGAGCAGAGUGAUCGCAUCCCAGCGUCAAGCGUCUGGGUCCAGCCUGUUCUACUGCCGUCGGCCACAAGCAGCACGUUUGGACUGAGGUACUGUAUGAUGUUGUGCAGCUUGAACCUCGAAGCACGAAAGCACAGAGGGGGAUUCAACCAGCACCGUUAGACCUGCCGGACCUUCACAACCCAAAUACUACUGCAGCUGGGUCUGGGUUCUGGUGUUCGGCCUUCUGGACCCAGACCACUGUGUUGCUCUGAUCUUGUUAUUAUUGGCUGCUUUCUGUAAUGUGAAUCACCACAUAUAUAUUUAUGGAUGUUGUUCCCUAUUUAAGUAAAUUGAGUAUGAUAGUUUAUGUAUUGUUUAUGUCAGUGUUUUUUGGAAUUCUGCCAGACAUAAAGCCAUUGACUGCA